AGCAGAAAGAAACUCUGGCUUCGGUGACUUUUUCUGCCCUCACUAUACGACUCUGCUGCUCCCUGUUCAGCGUCUUUCGAACGACACCCACACCUUGAAAGAGAGAAAAUUGCGACGAAUUCGUGUUCUCAGACGAAAAUCGAAACGUGAAAAUGCCCGCUCCUACCGCUUUAUUACGACGGCCGGGCGAACUGGCCGCAGAAGAAACUAUCCCAGUCCCGGGUCAAGUUGACGAGGAACUUUUACUGGAUGGCGGCGCAGGCGUUGCUGAGCCUGCCAAUAUCGGCACAGGACUGCCAGCUCAAAAUCAAUCAGAGGACACAGAGAUGCAUAUUGACGAGGAGGGGCGACCGCAAUUUGCGCCGGCGAAGAAUACCGAUGGACCCUUCCGAGCUGAGACUCGCAAGGUCCCCAUUCCUCCCCACCGUAUGUCGCCGCUCAAGUCGUGCUGGACGAAGGUCUAUCCUCCUCUGGUCGAGCACUUGAAACUACAAGUACGAAUGAAUAUGAAGAACAAGGCGGUCGAGCUACGCUCGUCAAAGCACACUGAUGACCCUGGUGCGCUUCAGAAAGGAGCAGACUUCAUCAAAGCGUUCAGUCUGGGUUUUGACGUUGAUGAUGCCAUUGCCCUUCUGCGAUUGGAUGACCUGUAUAUCGAGACUUUUGAGAUCAAGGACGUCAAGACUUUGAACGGCGAACAUCUAUCGCGUGCUAUUGGCCGUAUUGCUGGAAAGGAUGGAAAGACAAAAUUCGCCAUUGAAAACGCCAGUCGGACAAGAGUUGUCCUUGCCGACCAAAAGAUUCAUAUCCUCGGCGGCUUCAAGAAUAUUCAUAUUGCCAGAGAGGCUAUUGUUAGCCUGAUUUUGGGAAGCCCUCCGGGCAAGGUUUAUGGCAACCUGAGGACCGUCGCCUCUCGUAUGAAGGAAAGAUUCUAAGUGGAUUGUUUGAACGUGUCACAAAACUGCAUUUAAAUAAGGAGUACGGGGUUAUCGGCGCUUAGGGAGAAAGAUUCUGUCCUCGGAGAUUCGACAAACAGUUUCCUAUUCGACAUAUAUCUGAGCGUUCCGCCUAUACAAUGGUCUGUGGAUAUUUACGUCUUGGUAUUUUGGGUGAAAUGGUUUACUGUCUGAUCAAGAGAGUCUACCACCUGGCUUCCAAGUCAAAAGCUAUAUUCCAUGAUUAGCACCUCUUCGAACGUAU